CAUUUUUUACUGUGUAUAGAUUUUAUACAUUCUUAUAUUAAAUAAAUAUAUAUAUAAAUAUUUAAAAAUUUAUUUUUCAAACAAUGGAUUUAUAUGAGAAUUUUUUUACUGAAAUAUUGUCAUUUAUUGAUAAGUAUAGUGAGUUAAUAAACUGUCAUUUAGUUGAUUUUAUAACUGAAAAUUUGUGGGAAAAAUGUCUGCCUGAUAAUUUAAAAAAACAAUUCGAAGAUAUUGAGAAAUUAAAAAUCGACUUAACGAUCUACGACAAUAAAAAUAAAGAUAAUGAUUUUAGUGAAUUGGAUAAUUUUAUUGACCGAGUCAAUUAUUUAAAUUUAAAAAACAAUCCACAACUUUUAAAACUUGAAGACAUAUCAACUCUAAUAGCUGAUGAUCAUUGUAGCUGGAGAGAUUUUUAUCACAACAAUAAUGACAGUAACGUCGAGCAGAAUUUUAUGAAAGACAAAAAAAAAUAUGAAAUUGAAAUUUUUUCAAAAGUCAUCGGUUAUUUAUCAAGGCUAAAUUCAAGUUUGGUAAUUGAUGUCGGUGCUGGCAAAGGAUAUUUAGGCACAAGUUUAUACAAAAAUUAUAAAAUACCAGUAUUAGCUGUUGACUCAUGUGAGUCGAGACACAAAAGUGCAAUAAGUCGACAAAAACUGCUGAUUAAAAAAACGCAUCAGUCUUAUCCUUUGGUCCAGCAUUCCGUUCAAUAUAUAAACGAAACAACAAACUAUGCAGAAUUAGUCCGGUCAUCAUUCCCAGAUUUAAAUGGUCACGAUAAUUAUCUUCUUGCAGGACUGCACACUUGCGGGUCAUUGGCUGGGGCGAUGAUAAAAUCAUUUUUAAAUUCUCAAUGUCUUACAACUCUGUGUGUAAUUUCCUGUUGUUAUCAUUUAACAGAAGAAUGUUUGACUGAUAAAUGUAAAUUUACUAAAAAUGCACGUAUGCUUGCUCAGCAAUCAGUUGAAAGAAUUUCCAACAAAUACAGAUCGUCAUCUCCUUCAUUAUUUUACCGCGCGCUACUUCAAAUAAUUCUCCAAUCUCUUGGGAUUCCUGGUUCUAGAGUAGGCAGAGGUGCUCCUACAGAAAGCUUUCCAGUUUAUGCGACGUGGGCAUUAAAAAAAAUAGGAGUUGAUAACAAUAAAAUACCUUCUACUAAUGAUUUAAAUGAAUUGUAUGAAACUUAUGUUGAUCAUGAAUGGAGAAUGAAUGCAUUCCAAUACCUAAGAGUUCAUUUAGGCUCAUUAAUAGAGUCGGCAUUGAUAUUAGACCGUGUAGUUUAUUUACUUAGGAGUAACAAGUGUUCGAAAGUAUCUGUUGUACGUCUUUUUGAUCCAAUUAUAUCUCCACGUUGUUAUUUAAUUACUGCUUUAAAGUAAUUUAUAGAUAAAUAAAUACCAGUUAUCAAAUAAAAUUUUUUUAGAGUACGUUCUUUAAUAUCAGCAAAUUAUUGACAGGUAACUGGACUGGACGCAGG